AGUAACAGUGUCUCUCUCUAAUUUUCUCCCUCCCUCCCUCCCUCUCUGGACAUCGUACUGUUUGUUGUCUCAGCUCAGCUUAUCCCUGUUUCACCUCUACUUAAUGAGAGACGAUGAUGUUAUCAUCAUGCCGUAAUGGUUUAUUAAGAACGUUUUCUCUUCAUCAUCACUCUGCUCCUACUACUGCUGCUGCUGCUUACAUCACAACCCUCCAAGACAUUGCUACCAACCACAAACCAGGUAUUGCCAAGGUUGUCUUAAAAAAAGGGAAGACACAGCUCUUCCGUGAUGGAAGUCCCAUGGUGUAUAGUGGUGCCGUCGAUAGGAUAAUCGGCAGACCACCACCAAAGACUGGUGAUAUCGUGCUUGUAGCAGAUGGAACCGAAAAACCCAUUGGGUGGGGUUUAUACAAUUCUGUCUCCAUGUUUUGUGUUCGACUAAUGCAAUUAGAAGACGAGGCAGCUAGAGAUCCAUCCAGUGCAUUGGAUAUGGGUAGACUUUUAGAAACAAGAAUCGGGGCAGCUAUUGAUUUACGUAAAGCUUUGGGGCUCCCCUCUGCACAUACAAAUGCUUACCGUCUUGUAAAUAGCGAAGGAGACAGAUUAUCAGGCCUAAUUGUUGACGUUUUCGGAGAGUUGGCUGUAGUAGCAUCAUCUGCUGCUUGGGUAGAGAAGUACAGACAAGAGAUAGAGUCUUAUAUCCGUAGAAUCAAUGAAAUUAAGCAUAUAAAAUGGAGACCAUCUGCUGACAUCUUAAAAGAAGAAGGAUUGGAAUUAACAGAUCUAGGGGACUCCAUUGCAUCUCCUGAUCUUCAAACGGUGAAGGUUAUGGAAAAUGGUAUUUCAUACUCAAUCUCACUGGAAGGUCAGAAAACUGGAUUCUAUGCUGACCAACGCGAGAACCGUAAAUUCAUAUCAUCAAUUUCAGAGGGUCAAAACGUUCUUGACAUUUGCUGCUAUAGUGGUGGGUUCGCUCUAAAUGCAGCAGUUGGCGGUGCAACAAAUAUCAUAGGCGUUGAUAGUUCGUUGCCUGCCUUGGAGCUUGCAAAAGAAAAUGUCCUUCUUAACAAUCUAGAUCCACGGAGAAUAUCGUUUGUAAGAGAAGAUGCUUCUGCUUUUAUGAAGGGGGCUGCUUCUAGGCAUGAAUCAUGGGACUUGGUCAUCUUGGAUCCCCCAAAACUUGCACCUAACAAAAAGGCUUUACAAAGCGCAUCUGGGAUGUAUAGAAAUCUAAACUCAUUAGCGAUGCAAAUAACAAGGAGAGGUGGUCUUCUCAUGACUUGUUCAUGUUCAGGAGCUAUGACACAAAGUGGAACUUUCUUACGGACUAUCCAGGGUGCAGCUGCAAUGGCAGGUAAAAAAGUCACAGUUUUACGACAAGCUGGCGCAGCUUGCGAUCAUCCAAUUGAUCCCUCUUAUCCAGAGGGCACAUAUCUUUCCAAUAUCUUACUUAGAGUAUUGUAAAUCAUAAAUGAAUUCUUCUCAAGAUUCGGCUGACCUUUUUGACACUGAACAGCUCUUAAAUCUGUAAAAUCUUGUACACCCAAAAACUGGAAAUUUUAUGAAAGUUUAGACUGAACAACUCUUAAAUCUAUAAAAUCCACUCCUCUCUUGUUUCUCUCCGAAA